AUGAACAUGCACAUCGGCACGCCCACCCAGUCUUCCUCGGGCAUGGGCACACCCACGCCGAGCAUUCAGACAAAGAGUCUCGCCCAAACCCCGUCACCGUCCACCCCGACUACAAGCACCCACUCGUCCGCAUCGAAACGUCCUACGCGUAAGAGCACUUUGACUCAGCAGCAGAAGAAUCAGAAGCGGCAGAGGGCGACACAGGACCAGCUUACUACGCUCGAGAUGGAGUUCAAUAAGAACCCAACGCCAAAUGCCGAGACACGGCUCUUGAUAGCCGACCAGAUCAACAUGACCGAAAGGUCUGUUCAGAUCUGGUUCCAAAAUCGACGUGCAAAGAUCAAGCUUCUGGCGAAGAAGAGCCUCGAAACCGGCGAGGACAUCGAUAUGAUACCCGAGUCAAUGAGGGCUUAUCUCGCUAUGCAGGCGGCUGAGACUGGAAAGGGCCUCGGCGGUGCUUUCUACGGGCGCACCGGCUUGUUGGGCUAUGGUCCUGGCAUGCUUCUUGGCGGUGAACAGACAAACCAGGGCAAAGUUUUGAUACAUCAUCUUACGUGCCGGUCCCUGAGUAUUGGAAAGUGGAUGCGUGUCGGCCAAAACACGAUGGACCUCAUCGUGUUUUACUCUCCGGAUAAGUGCACAAUGACGUACUACAUCAACAAUGAGAACGCAGGAUACAAGAUCGAAUAUCCAUUCUCCUACAUCAAAAAUAUUUUCCUCGACAACAACGAAGACGAUUUGAACAAGGCCGGUGGCAUUGUUAUUGAGCUCAACCAGCCACCCAACUUCUUCAUGGACUCCUCUCCUAGCACGAAUGGAUUCUUCAUGGUUGGUGACUUCACCGAGAACCAGCAGGCCUCGCAGUGUCUUGUUCAUCAUCUUGGCGGCAACCCGAAAGUUCUGAGUGGCCAACUGGCGAAGCUCAUAUCUCUGGAGUCGUUCAUGACCCGCCAUAGCCCUCACAACCCACACAAUAUGGCCGUGGCUGCCGCAGCUGCUGUGGCAGCAGCAACGGGCUCAAAUGGUCAUAUGGCGGCGCCCAUCCACAUGGACUCCAUCCACAAUUUGUCCGUGUCGGCCCCGGUCUCACCCACCGGGCGUCCGUCGUCGCAACCAAACUUUCUCCAACCGCACGUUGGGCUGUUCCAAGAGACGCAAUGGGGCGUGGCCGGUGUAAACCAAAGCAUGCACUCUGGCCCAGGGCACAAGCGGCAGCGCAGUCGGUCUGUGCCCAUGGCGGUGGAUUUCUCGAUGUUGCAGACACCGAUGCCGUCUUUUUACAUUCAGCACCCCGGCGAGACGCAGCCACACCCGCACAACCCGAACAUCUACGCACCGAUCCCCCAGCAGCCCAAUGCGCUCAGUCCCGUUGGCCCGAAUCUACGGAUCGACACACAGGCUGGCUUUGGUCUGGACAUGCGGCAAUACCCAAUGUCGGCAACUACAGCGCCAUCUCCGUCUGACUACUCAAGCCCCAACUAUUUUGCUUCUCAGGUGCCGGAGUCUGCGACCAUGUCGGCAUCAAGCUACAACAAUCCUUAUGGCACGGCUUUUCUGUCGCCUAUGGUGGAUCCGCAAAACAUGGUGCCGCCGCAGUCUGUCUCUCCUUUGUCGUUUGACGGCCGUUCUGGUCCGUCAAUCGUGGACCAGUCGCCACCAAUGUCUAUGAUGGAGCGCAGCGCAUCUGCUGACAUAUACCCGAUGCAUGGCGGCUCCUCGGCCAUAUCCGACGACGGGACCAGCCUGAACGAGAUGUACUCGAAGCACACCAUAAAUCUGCCUCUGCACCAACAGUCGCCAUCAUCCUACACGGAGCAAAGUCAGGCCGAGCUUGCCAUGCACCAGCUGGUUCAGUUUGACGGUGUCGAUGCAGCCAGCCUGUCUCCUGACAGCAUGUCGCAUUCUGUGGCCUGA